AGAGCUCAUCUCAACCCUUGCCGUCCUUCAUUUUCCGCAAGGCUGAAUCAUACCUCAAUCUUCAGAAUGUCAAGCCAGUCUGCUAUCAAAUCUGAAGUCAAUGAACUUGCUUCCAAGUCUAUCGAUACUUCCAAACCAAUCACGACGAUCACUACACAUCAACAAUAUCAUUCAUCAGGUCUAAAUGAAUCUGAUUUAUUAAACGAUCCAAUCGAACUCUUUCAACGUUGGUUUAAAGAAGCGCGAGACUCUAACUUAGUUUCAGAACCCGAAUCAGUUUGUCUUUCGACUUCUACUCCCGACGGUCGAGUGUCAAGUCGAUUUGUACUUCUUAAACGGAUCGAUAAUCGAGGUUUUGUUUUCUUUACAAAUUAUGAAAGUCGUAAAGGUCAAGAAAUGGAAUCUAAUCCUAGAGCUUCAAUGGCUUUUUAUUGGGGUCCACUUCAUCAACAAAUUCGUAUCUGUGGUCAAACUUCUAAGAUUUCGAUUUCUGAAACUGCACAAUACUUUAAUACGCGACCGAUCGGAUCUAGGAUUGGAGCUUGGGCUAGCCCCCAAUCUAAGGUAUUAUCAACUCGCGAUCAAUUGAUGAACAUCGUUUCCGAGCGAGAGAAAAUCUUUGGGGCGGAAGUCCCAGUACCAUCACAUUGGGGAGGGAUUUUACUUGUUCCGGAUGAAAUUGAGUUUUGGGUUGGUCGACCAAAUCGAUUACAUGAUCGGUUUCGUUAUGAACGUACCUUGUCCGAGGAUGGAAAUGUCUGCUCAGCAUGGACGAAAAAUCGUUUAGCACCAUGA